UAGAUACCAAUAACGUACACGAUAUACCUAUGCUAUGAGACAAUUUUCAGAAUAUAUUUACUAUACCUAAGUACCUAAUUUCCCCGUUGGUGGUGACGCAUAUUUAAAAUUUAAAUUUGUUUCAAUUCGUUUAUUGUAUUGUCAUCAUAGUCGAACAUUACGUGCUUAGUUUUUAUAACGUUUUUGUAAUAGUACAAGAAUCAUUUCUCAUAAACAAAUAUCCGCUUUGAAAUGAAAUUGUGUGAUGAAUAUUAUUAUCGACCAGCUCGGUACGAUGUAAUGUUGGGUCAUCAUUUUUUUAUUCUUCCAGCCAUAUCGAUGCGUCAGUACCAAUACCGUCGAUUUUUCUAAAGCUAUUGUGUUAUUUUUACAAUACGCUUAUAGAAAGACAGUGGUGCCUAUACGACGACAAAUUCAAAUACAAAUCAUAAUAUUUUCUACAGUACGUGUAAACGUCUUCCAGAAGAAGGUAGUGACUGCUGGUAGUGUAUAGUGUUAGAUUAUUAUGGUUCGUAAAUUCGAAUAAUUUUUUACCGCAAGAAUUUUGAUUUCAGGUGAGUAUUUUUUUUCUUUUUGUAGUCUUUAUACAGCUUUUGUUUAACCAAAUAAAAAUUUAUCGAAUAAUGUAGAAUUCUAAUGACGACGUUCUAUUAUCAAUGAGUCGUUGCAUGCAGCGAAUUUCUAGAAAAUUAUUAUUUUCGACGAAUGUCGUAUUUUUAUAUAGAGGAUUAAAGGAUUCGUAUGACGUCAGACACUUUUUCUUCGUAUAUCGUUUCGAAAGUUUACUUUUAAACGGGGGGAAAAAAAAAAUAAUAAAAAAAUGAUUGCAUAUUAUUCUGUUGUACACGUACACACGUACAUACAAAAUCUGCUAAUGGAACACAUUUAAUUUUCCAUAUUUUAAACUACACGUGCGUUAACAUAAUAAUAUCUAUAACUUAAAAUUAUUUCAAUAUCAGCUUAACUAACAAUAAUAAUCGUUUGUUUUAUAUUUUAAACAUAUUUUGAGGUUAUUUAUUUAUUUUUUUUUUUUUUGAUAUGCAAUCGACACCUUUUAUAUAAUUCAUAUUUGCAGUGACAGUAUUUUGCACUAACACUUAGAUACAUAAAUUUGCGGAAAUUAAUUUUAAAAAAAAUUACAUUAAGUCGUAUAAAACGAUAUUAUAGCUGGAUAUAUAAUUUUUCAAAAUGUGAUUGGAAAAUAUCGAGUGUAUCCAAAUCGUUGUUUUUUAAUAAAACAUUUUUUCUAUAUUUUCUGCCGUAGUUUAUAUUCGUAUGAUUCAACAAAACUAUGAAUACAUAUUAUUUUUUAUACAUAGUUGUAUACUCACCUAAUGCAUAUUAGUGCAUUUUUAUUGAUUCGAUAGAAAUCGAGCUGAUUAACCUACUCGCGGUAUAAUGAUUAUUAUGUUUAAUCUUCCUAUAUAGGUAUACACACACACACACACACACACACACACACACACACACACACACACACACACACACAAACGAAAUAAGUGAAUACUAAUGUUAUAACAAUUCUGAUUAAUGUUUUGUGUAAUUAAUAAUGAAAAUCGGACUAUUUUUAUUAUUAUGAUAAACGUGUUUUUAUUUAUACAUAUCUAUCUCGUUAGAUAACAUUAUGCUACGAAAUAAAUGUACGCCUCGUGAGUAUCGACUCCAGUCAAUAUGGAAUGCAAAACGAGUUUAGCGUAUACGCUUGAAAUGUAUAACUAAAACACGAGAUAAUCAUUAAAUAAAAUUGAUAAAAUAAUUAAAAAUACAAUUUAAUCGUAUCUAAAUUAUACUCGAUUAAAAUUAAUGUUUACUAUUUUGGUUUUCACGGCGUUUUCUCGAAUAUUAAUCAAUUUAUUUUUAUGAUUAAUUCAUUAACGAUUUAGAAAUUUUAAUUUUCAGUUAGUCACGUAUAGUCAGAGGGAAGGUUUAGUGGGUAACAUAAUAACUAGGACCCAGGUUUUCAGUGCUAAAUGUAUUAUUUAUUUUUUGAAUUGUUUUCGGUGAUCUAAAAAAAUACUUUCCAAGUAUCUACAUAAUUCGACUUAUGAACAGAUAUUUCAAAAGUGAAAUUUUAUUUUUACUUUUUUCGUGGCUUUCCCAUUUUUAGCUUUUUUAGCAUUUAUUUUUUAGUAAUUUUUUCCUUGGCUGAAAAUAGUUAAUUUUUUGUUUUUAUUAGUUUAGAUUUUACUAAAGGAACCUAAAUAUUAUGUCUUGGAUCGUCAUUAUAAUAUUGCUUAGCAUAUUAUACGGUUGUUACCAAUGGUAUUGCAACAAAAACUUACCUCCAGGUCCUUGGGGCGUUCCAAUUGUUGGCUAUUUACCGUGGCUAAAUCCCACCAAACCCUAUAAGACUUUAACAGAACUUGCUCGUAAGUACGGACCCAUUUACAGUAUUCAAAUGGGAAAACAUUUCGCCAUUGUUAUGUCCGAUCCAAUAUCGGUAAGAACGGCUUUAGCGCGAAAUGAACUUGCGGAUCGCACCAACUUUGAGGUAAUCAAUGAAAUCAUGCAAGAACAUGGUACGUAUAUAAUUACAACUUCGAAAUACAAUUUAAUAUUGGUAAAUAGUUUAUUUAACGUUUUGAAGGCUUAAUAUUUACUCGUGGAGAACUUUGGAAAGAACAGAGAAAAUUCGUUUGUAAUUGGCUUAAAGUAAUCGGUGUAACGAAAUUUGGAGACAAGAAAACAGACUUGCAAUUAAAUAUCGUAGACGUCGUGUCUUCAACAAUAUCGGUAGGUAACUUUCGUAUAAUACUCUUUUUCUUCUUAAGCUUGUAUAGGCUAUUAAGACAAUAUCCUCCAGUUUUCUUUAUUAUUUAAAAUUUCGCCCGAGUUAUUUUUAAUAGUUAGUAACCAUUUUUUAAAAUUAUUUUACCAUAAUAUGACAUAUAUAUUGUUGACAAAGCAUCACUAUUAACUGAAUCUCGCUCAGAAUCGUUUUUACGUUAGCAAUGUUUUAUCAUUGCUUAGAGAUAUAUAUUAAAUUACCUUCUAUAUCCUAUCUCCCCAAUUUUCCACCUACAACAGUGGAUGUCUUUACAUUAUCCUAGGACAGCUUUUUAACAUCGCAAAUGAGAUAAAUGUAUUCACAUUAUUGUUAAACAUUUCAUGUAAACUAUGUUCCCCAAUUGUAGGUUUAUAUACUUGUUCCAUACCGAUUUUUGCGUUUAAGUCUCUUCAUAAUAAUAAUUCAGGUCCUAUGGAAUAUAUUAUUAUAAACUCUUUCUAGUAGGUUAUAGAACUCUUCAUUAAUCUGGUCUUCCUAAUCCUCAGUUGGAGCAUGAUAAUUUAUUAUUGUAAUUUCUGAAUAUUUUCAUCAUCGUCAUGUGCUAUAAAGUUUCUUAAAUUUGCAAAUACGUCGUUAUUUACUAUAAAUCUCACCUAUAAAUACUAUCACGUCACGAAAUUUGUUGUUCUCUAUGUUCGUACUUCUAAUCUCUAGUAUAGCUACUAUUUUGCACAAAUAUCUCUCCAGUGUAGAUACUUCUGUCAUCAUUUCUUCUGCUGUGUACAACAUCGUACUUACAUUCCAUUUAUUAUUGUUAUUUUUUUUAAAAAUUAUUUAUGUACAUUUUUAUUAUAAACAUAUGUAUAUAGAAUCUACGACAGACUAAUAAACGUCCAAUAGAUACGGGAAAAUUGUUUUUAGUGUACAUUGGCGAUUUUGUAAAUCGAAUCGUAUUGGGUAAAGAGUGGCCAGAAGACGAUCCUAAUUGGACUUAUUUACGAAAUUUAGCUGAAGACGGCUCAAAAAAAUUUUCCAUCGCUACUCCAUUGAGCGUACUACCCAUUUUAAAGUUAGCAGAUAAAGAUUAUUAUACGUUAUACUUAUAUUAUUCGAUAAUAACAUAAUAAUAUUACAGGAUAAUACCAAAGUACAGAAAAACCGUUUCAGAAAUCAUCGAAGGUGUUCUAAAAACACAUUUCAUUUAUAAAACAUUAAUGGAAAACCGAGGUAAAGAAGUGGACCAAUGUAAAGAUUUGAUGGCAUUGUUUAUGAAAGAAAUGACGAAGAGAAAGAACGAUAUUGGUCAUUUCUUCAAUGAAAAACAAUGUUGUUUUCUGUUGUCUGACAUUUUUGGUGCUGGAGUCGAGACAACUGUCAAUACUCUUAGAUGGUUUCUUCUUUAUAUGGCGUUAAACAAGGAUGUUCAAGUAAGAGAAAUAUGUAUUAACAUAUCCAAAGUCUGCAUAUUACCGAGUGGUGCGUAUAGAUAGGAUUUUUAAACCAGAAAAUACUUUUAAAAUUGUUUAAUAAUUUAGAAAAUUUAAAUUAAUUUUCCAAUUAUUUGUACAAUAUAACUCAAACCUCAAAUCUUAACCCUGUACAUGGUUAAAAUCAUAGGUUAAAUUUCAGUUUUUAACUUGGGAGUCCUAUUUUACGGCACACGCGAUGUUUUUGAGCUAAGGUGUUUUCAAGUGGAUUUUUUCCGUCAUCUGUCCCCCAAUUUUUCCAAACAAUUUUCUAUACUAUUUAUUAUUAUCAUUACUGUUUAGAAUCCUAUUUUUUUAAUAGUAAAUACUUAAGAAGGUCUAUUGUAUUUAUUUUUAUCAAGACCCCAUAACUGUGUUCUAUUAAAUUAGAAUUUUGACUUAGUGUAUUGAGUCCAUCGUUUGAUUUGUGUAAUUUACGACUUCAGCUAUAUACAAAUAGUAUAUUUUUACAGUGCGAAUUACAAAGUCUACUAGAUUUGGUGUGCACCGGUGACGAUGGAAUAAUAGAUUUAGAAAAUAUCGAGCACAUUCCGUUACUAAAAGCUUGUGUAUACGAAAUAAUGCGAUUGAGACCGGUGGCACCAUCGGGAAUACCUCGAGUCGUGAAUAAGGACAUAACAAUACUGGGAUACCAGGUACCAAAAGGGACUAUGGUUUUACCAUUACAGUGGGCUAUGCACCACGAUAAGAAAUAUUGGAUGGACCCAGAGAUUUUUCAACCAAAAAGGUUUAUGGACGACGACGGGAAUUUAAUCAAUAAAAAAGCGUUCAUGCCUUUUCAAGCCGGUUGGUAACAUUUAUCUAUUUUUUUUUUCUUAAAUUAUUCCGCAGGUACUAUACUGAAUAUAUAUUGUUAUGCAAUGAUUAGGUAAAAGGGCUUGUGUCGGUGAUACGCUCUCCUACUGGAUUUUAUACUUGUUCGGCGCAAAUAUAAUUCACAAUUUUAACAUUUCUCUGGAAGACGGUUUAUCCGAACAAGAAAUAAACACCAUAACGGACGGAGAAUUUGGAAUAACGCUUAGUCCAGCUAAACAUAGUAUUGUUUUCGAAACUCGAAUUUAACUUGAUAUUAUUCCAUUUAUCACUUCAUUUAGGUUAGGUUAUUUAUGUGUUAAGUGUAAUUAUUAAAAAUUAAACAAAAUUAUUAUUAAUAUUUACAACCGAAAUUAAUGAGGUUACAUACAUUUUCGUUUUUACAUGCAUCAAUCUGUCAUAUAAAAUCUAUGAAAUGCCUGGUCAAAUAAUGUACUAUACAAUUCUUGAGAUUUGAAGACUAAGAAAAAAAUAAUCAAACACCUAAUUUUCAUUAUGUAAUUACUUUAAAACUAUUUUUUUUUUUAAUUCUUUUUUUGGCUAGUUCUCAGUCAAAUUUCCUUUUAUAAAAAUUAUUGUGUUGCUAUGAUUAUAAUUUAUUCGAGUACAAAUGCUGGUAGAAAAGUUGUUCACAGAAAAAAUAAAAACAAACAUUUUAAAACCAAUACAUCUCUCGCUCCGCUCAGAAUCUAAAAGAAAACGUACAUCAUUAUAAAAUCAUUUAAAAUGACUCGUGACACUGCUGUUAUAUAUACUCCACUGUAAAUAAUCCGUGGCCAGAUUCUCCAUUUUUCCGAAGCUAUGAAAAAAUGAUAUACAGUAGAACCUCGAUUAUCAGUCCUUGAUUAAGCGUCUUUCGCCUUAAGUGCGAACUGGUUUAUCCGAAAAUUUCAGUAAAAUAUCAACUAGAUAAGCAAUAUAUACAUUUUAUGGGUGAGAUAAAACAAUUUAUUCCGAUUGCGGAUGUAUUUUUUCCAAUAAGUAAUAUAGUUAUUGUUUAAAUAUGCGUCAUAAUUAUUGAAAAAAUAAUAAAUAAUUUCGAUUAUCCGUCAAGGCUCUGAUCCCGAGACUCACAGUUAAUUUAGGUUCUCCCGUAUGAACGAUAAACCAUUUAAUUAAGGCAUAAAUAAAAUAAUAAAUAGAUUGAUUAAAUGAUUUGAUUUACUUAAUUAAUAAGAACAAAGAAAAAAAAUUAAAUUAAAAAAAGGACAGGCAUACAUCGCACGUGAGUGCAGCCACUAUUGUAGGUGGGAAGUUGGGAAGGUAGGCUACAGACGAGGAUUUAACAUAUAUAUGUAAGCAAAGAUGAACCAUUUCUAACGAAAAAACGAUUCUGAGCUGAGUUCAGUUGAUAAUGUUGCUUUGUCAACAAUACAAAAUAUGGUAUUAUGUCAUAUUAUGGUAAAAUGAUUAA